AUGAGCCUGGACGAUCUGCGCUAUGAGUGCUUGGUGGCGGCGGCGGUCGCCCACUUUGGCCUCUCCGGCGCCAGCGACCCGGCUCUGAGUGAUUUUCUGACCAGUCCUGAUGUGGACAAAUUCCUCAAUCAACCCGGCACUAUGGUGCUGACAACCCAGCGCGAUGGGCUGCAGGACGUCAUAUCAGUUUCCAUUGAUUUGCCCUCCAAGGCUGAUGGUAGCCUUCAUGCCCUCGUAUUUUACAAGCUGCAGCCCGUGGCCAUCACUCUGGAUAAUGUGCAUGCCGUCAUCGGUAGCAUCUCCAUGUCCAACUCGCCACUCCAAGCGUUGUUCCAUGUCGUACAAACCGUAUACUCUCCCAUGUUGCUGCGAUCCAACCAAUGGAGCGCCGAGGUUGACAAGCGAGUCCAACACCUGCUGAGUGACCUGGAAAGUGGUUUAGGCACAGCCAUGCGCGCCGCGCCUGAUGGCACCUCAGAAGCCAUCCGCUCCCCCAGCGAUGAGUGCAGCUAUUGGGCUGAGAUGGCCAGCCGUGCUGCUAAUCUGGAAGAACGGGAGAGGGCGCAAAUGUUUGGGGACAUGCUCAGUGAACUCCGUAACGCCACCUCCAGCAUGCGAAGCAUGAGCCUUCUCGACUUGCAAGAUCUCGUUGAUCGAUGCGAAGAGGUUUUGGAUGAUGUGUGGCGUGUCACGGACGUGACACCCUUUCCCGGCGAGCGUAUGGAACGCUUGAUGGCUAUCAUCGGUGAUGCGCUGUUAAAUGGUAUUCAAGAGCAGCUGGCCAUGCUCGAUCUCUGGCAAGGCGAUUUUGCCAAAGUGCGAGACGCGCUCCGUGCGGGUACUCAGGUCGCCACAAGAUGGCUGCAGCGUGCCGAACAGCUGACCUCACGCUUUUGGCCCGCUUUUGGCCCACAUCGCUGGGAGCGCCCAGGCUACAGACAUGCAGAGCUACAGGCUUUCUUGGACCGCUUGCAGGCCAUCCUCAACCUUCGCUCGGUGCAGGAUCAAAUGACCCGCCUCCUCAACCCCAAUCAGCGCGCCGAGUUUGGUGUGGAUGAAGUCUUUGUCCCUUUUGCCAGCCUCGAUGCCCUGCAUUGCUCCCCCUUCACCGAGCCUCUCUGGUCCGCGGCCCUCAAGGCCUCGCGCCACCGAAUGGAGCCAGCUCUGCAGUGCAUUGCCGGCAAGCUUCGUGACCAGAUUGGGGACCUGAGUUCGAGUGCGCAGUCGCUGCAGGCAUAUUUCCAGCAGUACCUCGAUCUU